AUGUUCAAGCGGCAGCUCAAGGGGUUCCUACUUCCACCGAAAAUACGGCAAGGUCUUCUGUACCCUUUAGACGACGAAGAACAACGCAUCCUGGACGGCAUGCCCAUUCGACAGGAGCGUAGCGUCCCAUGGAUGAUACACCCGAAGACCACCUUCAGGAACGCGUGGGACUUGUGCAUGGUAGUGAUGAGCUUCGCCAGCGUCAUCCUCGUGCCUCUGAACAUCGCCUACUUUGAGAGGGCGCAGCAGGAGCGAUUCGAAUGGCGCAUCUUCAACAUCGCCUCCGACAUGCUCUUCUUCGUGGACGUCAUCUUCAACUUCAGGACAGGCAUUGCCAUGAAAGAAGAACACGGCCGCAUCAACAUGGAUCCGAACUACGUGGCGGCACAAUACCGGCGCGGCUGUUUUUACGUGGACUCGUUCUGCUGCCUGCCGCUGGACUACACUGCCAUGGUUGCGCUGCACACGGGCGACGGGGCCGCUGACCCAUCCACCACGUCGGCAUACCCCAGCAUCCUGCGCGUCAACAAACUGCUGGCACUGCCGAAAAUUGGUCGGCUCACCACCGUGAUCAGGAACAUAGCCGGCGUCGAGGAAAACUUCUUCGUGUAUUCCAAAGGAGCGUACGUGCGUCUGCUGUUCAACUUGGGCAUGCUGUUCCUCCUCAUCCACUGGCACGGUUGCCUGCAGUUCUACGUAGACCGCCUGGAAGGGUUUCCCACCAAAUCCUGGGUGGCGCGUCUCAGUUUGGCGAAUGCGUCGUGGCCGGUGCAGUACUCGUGGUCGGUGUACGGCUCGACGUCCAUGAUGCUGGGCGUCGGCAUGGGCGCCACCGAAGCGGACAGCAUGACCGACUCGUGGCUCCGCUGCGGCUGCAUGGCCACGGGUCACGCCCUGCAAGCGCUGCUGGUCGGCGCCUGCAUCGACAUGAUCAUGUCCAUGAACUUCACCUACCUCAGGAACAGGCAAAGGAUACGCGACCUGGAUGACUAUAUGCAGUACAAGAUGCUGCCGAUAAAUCUGCGGCGCCGUAUACGAGACUACGCCGAGAACCGCUUCAAGGGGCUCGUCUUCGACGAAAACCAGAUCAUCAAGUCGCUGUCGGAUCCCCUACGGGAGCGCGUGAUGUGGCACAACUGCCGACGGGUGCUGCGCAACGUGCCGUUCUUCGCGCGGGCCGAGCCGGAGUUCCUGCGCGACCUGGUGACCAGUAUGAAGCUCGAGUUCUUCACCCCGGACGACGUGGUGGCCGCGGCGGGAACCAUGGGCGACCGCCUCUACCUGCUACAAUCGGGCAGUGCGCGCGUCGUCGACGCGAUGGGCAUCACUGUGGCCACGGUCUUGCCCGGGGACCGGUUCGGUGAGGUGUGCCUCCUGCGCGAAAUGCUGCGGCUGCGCACGGUGAUCGCCGAUCGCUACUGCCUCUUCUUCUCGCUCACCCGGGCCGCCUUCAACGAGGUGCUGGAGCGUCACCCGGACGUGAAGGAGAUCGUGGACGAGAUCGUAGCCGAGCACUGUGAGCAUCGCACCGCGACGUCGGCCGAAGAAGAACUGGCCACCGGCUAG